GAUCAUAAGGACAAAUCAAUCGAAGCGCUCAAUUUUAAAUGUAUAAGUAUUCAGUCUUUGUUUGAGUAUUGAUUUCGGAAUGGAAAUUUUUCAUUUUCGACUGAUUCAAGUUUAGAAAUGAGUUUAUGAUUUUCAACCAUUUAUCAUUUAAAUGAAUCUGCUAUUUUUGACAAAUUAGGCAUUUUAUAAAGAGUAUAAUGCACCUGUAUUGGAUUGCAAGUAGUUGCUGUUGUCGGCAUCCGUGAGACAUAGAAAAAUUAAAAGGGAACAUAUGUUACAUUUCUGAACCUUUAUAUCUUUAUCAAACAUGUGCCUUUCUUCUAAAAUAUCAAGACAAUGGUGGUACAGCUGACAUACAAGUUUGCUGUAAAAUAUAUUUCCACCGAACUGAUACACCGACAGUUAAAACGUCCGAAUACGGAGAGAAAACAUAGUUUCCCUUCAACAGUCUGGAGACUUAUUAACAAAGCUAGACAAUCCGUCGCACGAGACAUUCGUGAAGCGUAUGCAUUACACUUAUAUACUAGCAGUAGAGAUGGUACUCAUCCAAUGUUAAACCGGAGGACCAUAGACAGAGGGAGAUUCAAGUAUACUUAAUUAUGAUAGUGUAAUUAAGACAUUUAAACUUAUGUGAUAUGAAUACUAUUGGGGAUUGUGUGGGUAACAGUUGUAAUAUGUAAUUUUCAUUGAAAAGAUAAGUUUAAAGUCAUUUAUGUUUCAACAGACGCGUUGCUUGAGACAUUUAAUAUCAUAAGUCCGUUGUCGUUACAUUGUUCUGUAACACAUUCGAAUUUCUUUUAUAUAUAACAGAAUUUAGGACAUAUCAAAACAUUACGGUUGUAUUUUCAAGACUAUUUGUUGAUCGGUUAACAAACUUAUUGUGUGGCGAUAUAUCAGAAAGGCCACUCCGCAAAGAAACAAACUUCGCGUCAUAUCUUUUACAAAGACAACACCUGCAAUUGUACAGAAUGAACUUUGACAUACCUUAUACAUCCUUCCCUCAGCAAGUUUCUGUUGACCAAGCUGGCGAAGAAAAUAGUGAAAUUGCUUUUUCUAACGGUGCUUCCUUUUCACCGCUUGGAGUUGAAAGUCAUCAAUUAGCAAUAAACAGUACACCAGGAAGACAUGUAACAUGUAGGCAUGAACCAACAAAUGCACAUCGGCCUACUAAUCCAGCAAAACAUCCGGAAUAUACGGAUUACAAUCAAAGAUUGGGUUCCUAUGCAAGAUGGCCUCUGAGAAAACCUGAUGCAAUUAGCCUUUGUGAUGCUGGGUUUUUCUUUUCAAAUCCGUAUGAUUUGGUACGUUGCUUUCAAUGUGGUAUAGGACUAAAAGAUUUUUCGGACAGAGAUGAGCCAUUGUUUGAACACGCACGGCACUCUCCAAACUGUUCAUUUCUGGUCGAAUGUUUGGGAACUGAAAGAUUAUCCGCAAUUAAGAUCAAGUGCCAGACACAACAGUCAACAAGAAUCAAUGAACAUCAGCAAGAGUUAUUUACAAACACAGACUCGAACUUACAAUGCCGGCAUCCCGAGUACAACUCUAUGCAAGCCCGUCUUUCAUCUUUUGCUGGAUGGCCAGGGCAUAUUAUUCAGACACCUCUGCAGUUGGCAGAGGCCGGUCUUUAUUAUACCGGGUUUGAAGACCAAGUGCGUUGUUUCAUGUGCGACGGAGGACUGCGGCGUUGGGAUCCGGAAGACGUUCCGUGGACAGAACAUUGUCGUUGGUUCCCGGAUUGUCCAUUUGCCAGAGAAAUGAAAGGCGAAGAAUUUAUAGGGCUUGUUCAAGCAUCGGCUGAUUAUACCAGUGGGGAAAAUGAAGGUUCCACAAACGAUCCACAAGUGUCGGGUACUCAUAAUCUUACAAAUACAAUGGAGCAGAUGACGCUGACAGAUCCAACGUUCAGGGCUGCUAUGCAGGAACAUAAAGACACAUGUCUGGAAAUGGGCUUUCAUCUGACAGAUAUAAAUGCCGCGGUAGAGGAAUUGAUAAAAAUGGGAAAUGUCAAUCCAGCAAUUGAAGAACUAUUAGAAACAAUCGAGGUCCGCAAAGAAAGACAACUAAAGGAAAAAGCAUUAGAAACAAAGCACAAUGAAAACCCUUUUGAAGAAAAUCGACGAUUGAAAAGUUUGAUUGUCUGCAUGGCAUGCGGCAAAAACAACGUAAAUGUUCUAUUUCUGCCUUGUACACACCAUCGCAUGUGCAUGGAGUGUGCAGAACAAAUGACAAAAUGUCCAGUCUGUGAAAGGUUUAUACGACAAAAGAUCCGGACAUACUUGGCAUAAAUCAAACCAAAAAGAAAUGUCGAGCUUUCACCGCAAUGCACACUAAGUCUGCCCAACAUGUCUUUUUGGUUUGAUUUAUUCCAAGUACAAAAGUAAUUUGACAUUAAAAUAUGCUUAAGAUAUCACUCGAUCUUUUUAAAAUGUAAGUCUAAUAUUUGUUAAAAUUGUGUCCAGAGUAAUAUGUUUGACUGUUCUUUUGCUGUAUUAAUUUUUUAUUUGUCUCAGUAACGCAUUUGGAAUAAAGCACAGUGGUAAGGAAUAUAAUUACAAAAGAAAUGUGCGAUGCACUUGCAAGAACUGAGUCUAUAAACAGCGCAGGAAAUAAGUGUAGACAACCUUCAUUGGUUUUAUAUGAUUGUAUAUAUAUUUAUUAUUCUACAUCAUGUUUGUAUGUAAAAGUUUUGAAAUACAUUUGAUAUGUUUAAACUAAAAGUUGGGAGUUAUUCAAAUGACAUUAGCACAAAGAUAGAAUACAUGAGCUCGUCGCA